AUGAAAUUCCUGGCGCUCGGCACAUUUUUGGCGCUCAUCGCCACCUACGAAUCAUUCAACUGCUACCAGGGGACGCAGAAUUGGCAAGAGGAGCCAGCGAUCAACAACGUCAGCCUGGUCGAAUGCCUCCCACAUCAUAAAUGUUGCUCCAUGAUCUCAACGUUAACCGGGACCCAUUACGACUGUUAUGAGGAGUGCCCAACGUCUGUCUACCACAAAUGCGGACCGGAUCCGAAGCUCGGGAUUCAGGACAUCUACUACUGCUACUGCAAAGAUCACCGCGAUGCCGAUUGCCGCCCAUUUUUGGGGAUC